AUGCAUACCGAUGAAAAAAAUCACAAAUGUAAGGUAUGCAAUAAAGCAUUCAAUAGGCCUUCAAUUCUGACAAGGCAUAAAUUAACGCACGAGGAAAAACGACUAUUCAAAUGUGACACGUGCGAUAAAGGUUUCAAUGAUCGCCACAACCUGAAUACUCAUAUGAAAACACAUACAGACGAAAAGACACAGGAAUGCAACGAAUGCGGUAAAGCAUACAAAUAUGCUUCAAAUCUGCGACGACACAAAUUGACGCACGAAAACGUUCGAUUCGAAUGUAAGGAAUGUGGUUGCAAUUUCACUCGGAAAUGUAGUUUGAGUAGACAUAUGAAUGAGCAUAAAAGUUCGGGUGAAAAGCUACAUUCUACCGUGAGUUCCUUAACGAUAUCGGUAGGAGAUAUCAUUGAAACAGAAAUAUCAAUAAGGGAAAUAAUUACAUUCGCAGAACUAUAA